AAAUCACGAGCGUGUCAAGAUAUCGUUGGAUACACAUUAUCUUACUGUGGAACAGCAAUUACGUUUCAAAGAUUCAGAAGCAAGGACAAGCAAACACUUAAUUCGGCUAAUGCUUUUCUGAUUCAAUUCAUUUUCAAUUUUUCCUUAAGUAUUAUACAAACCCCUUUUCUCUCUCUCUCUCUCUCACACACAGUAAAACCUCAAAAACUCAGCUUUCGUGAGUAGCUCUAAAAGGUACAAUUUUUUCUCUAAUUCUUCCGUUUUCUUGAAUUGCUCCUCAGAAUACUAUCUGGGCCUAUGCUUCUUGUGCGAAUCUUGAAUUUUUCAUGCUGUUUUCUUGAUUCUGUAGAUCCACAUGCUUAGAUUUGUUAGUCUGUGCCCAUUAGGGUUUUGGAGUUAUUGUCUUUAGGGUGAUUCUUGAUAUGUAAAGUUGAAAAUUUUCUGCUCUUCUUGUACCCAGAUUCUGUAACUAUGGAUGAGCAAGAAGGAGUAAGUAGAGUCAACAGUGUUUCAGAGCCCACUGUGGGUAAUACUGUUGAUGAAACCCUAGUAGAGAAUUUGCGAUGUGAGGGGCAGGCUUAUAGUGAGGGGGAUGGUGGGGAGAUAAUGGUGGAGGUGGUAGGCUCUGAUGUGUUUGUUGAUGGGGUUUGUGGUGAUGGUGCUGAAUUGGGGCAUGAGGGAUCGGGAAAAGGAGUUGACGCUUAUAGGGAUUCUCUGUCAAGGGAUGCUGAGGACUCAUCUGGGAAUACUGGAAAUGGUGUUGAAGUUGUACUUGAUGUUGCAAGGUCAUCUGGGGAUGUUUCUGUGACGUCUAGUGCUGAAAUUGUUCCGAAUGUAACAGCUUGUACUGUCGUACAGCAAGUCAGCUUCAGUGAUGCUGAGGGUAAUGUUGUCAGGAGCACUGAAUCUGUUGGUUUGACUUCACCUGAUGUUGUGGGUGAUGUUUCCAAGGCAGUGGACAAUGAGGCUGUGAGUGAAACAGCUGAUAGAGUUUUGGAGCAAGUCAACAUCAGAGUUAGUGAGGAGGGGAAUGUUGUGGGAAGCUCUGUAUCUGUUAAAGGGAGUGCUGAUUUGACACUGCAAAGAGUGGGUCUUUCUGAUGAUGGGGUGUGGAAUCCUGGAAUUGAACCUCUGUCUGGAUCUUCUUCAUUUGUGCCCCAAGACAGUUCUAAUAUUGAGGCUAGCAAUUUGAGAUUGGAUUCUUCUGAAAAAGAUGAAACUUCAGUCACAGAGAUGGUUGGCCAGGCUAGUGACAAAGAUGUUGCCAAUCAUGCAAGGGAUCAGAUAUCAGAUCAUCUAGCUGAAAGAGUUGUGUCAGGGGAUGGUGAGUUGGUAGAAAAAAUACAUUCAGAGGUUGAAACCAUGGAAACCGAUGCCCCUGAUCAAGAGAAAGAUGACUUGAGCAACAAGGAUGAGAAUUCACAUACUGAUGUUGAAACCAUGGAAACCGAUGCCCCUGAUCAAGAGAAAGAUGACUUGAGCAACAAGGAUGAGAAUUCACAUACUGAUGUUGAAACCAUGGAAACCGAUGUCCAUGAUCAAGAGAAAGAUAACUUGAGCAACAAGGAUGAGAAUUCACGUACGGAUGUUGAACCCAUGGAAACUGAUGUGUAUGAUCAAGAUGGUGGGUUCCCUAACAAGGAUAAUAAUAGCAAUUCUGUUGAUGACACAGUUUCUUUGAGACCAAACAGUCCAAUCCCUGAAGAUAAGGGAGGGGCUAUCAGGGUAGUUAGUGGUGAUUCAAGAUUAUCAGUUGACCACACCCCAGUUGUACAUGAUCACUCCUUAGGCAUCAAUGGUAACACUGCGCCAUCGUACCCUGGGAAGCAAGAACAUAGCUUGAAGGAAAAUUUGGCAGCAGAGAAUGGGGCUAUUGGUUCUUCUUGUGAAAAAGCAAACCAUGCUGAGGUUCGGGUAUUUAAGGUUGAUGCCAUGCAUGAAGAAAAAAGCGAUCUUGCUUUAUGUGCACAGCCAGAAGCUUCUCAUUUGCAAACCCAAACUGGCAAUCUUAAGGAGGUGUCUAUGGAUGGUAGUGAGGUCUCAAUUUUAAAGAUACCAGUAUCCAGCGAUAAAGAUGGGAUCUUAAGUGGUUCAGACGAGUUGCCAAAUAUACAGCCUAAGGUAGCAGAUGGAAUUAGUGAAAUUUCUAGUGAUGAUCUCCCACUGUCUUCUGAACAGGCGAGUGCUCAUGAUCCAGGAAACUUUGAGGAGAUGGAAGUCGAGGGGGUUCGUCAUGAGACAACUGGCACUAUGACUUUUCCCAUGAAUGAUGAAAGUCUGAAUGUAGUGAAGGUUGAUGCCAGGUUGGAAAAUGACGCUGGAAUUGAACCCUUGGAAACCUCUCAUGAACCAGCUUGCAGAACUGAUGGAGAUAGUGUUGAAAUGGACAGGGAUGGGGAUGCCCAGCUUGGAACUGCCACAACAAGCUUAAGUUGCACCGUGGAUAAAAAUAUUUUAAUAGCUGAAACAACAGUGUCCAUAGAGACUAUGGCUAGCACAGGAGAGAUGAACACGAUGGAUGAAACAAACAGAGUAACCCACUUCCUGCCGGAAGGCUUGGACGGGAACAUGUCGCUGCAGCGUGUUGAGAACGAGAGCUUAUUGCCUUUUGAUGACUAUGCAGGAAAAGAAGGCGAUCCCAAGGUGACUGCAGUGUCAUCUAACGAUGAUGUUAUGACUGAGACUUCAUUACUUCAGGAUACUGACAAAACUUCAGAUUCUGAUGCUGUUAAUGAGAAGUCGCCUCUUUUACUGGAAGAAAAUGACUUAAAGGUCGAGGCUGAACAGAAAGUGGAGACUAAGGACACUGCUCUUAGAGAGGAUCCUACUCAAGCUCAUGUUUUGGCUCACAAUGCAGAAGGUGUUAGUACAGGAAAGCAUUCAGAUAUUACCAAAGAAUCUGAAUCCACUGCAAAUCAAGAGGGUGUAGUGGAGCGUGAUCAUAUACUUGCUCUUGAGAUGGAUCAUGAGGCUGGGAAUGCAGCAACUGCUGAUAAAAUGUCAAUUGAAGAAAACAACUUUAAUGUAGAGGGUGCUAUAAAAUCUCGAACUGUAACAAAUUCUGGUGCUGAUGUCCCUCCUCCAGUUGAAGAAAACAGCAUUAAUGUAGAGGGUGCUAUAAAAUCUCGAACUGUAACAAAUUCUGGCGCUGAUGUCCCUCCUCCAGUUGAAGAAAACAGCAUUAAUGUAGAGGGUGCUAUAAAAUCUCAGACUGUAACAAAUUCUGGUGCUGAUGUCCCUCCUCCAGUUGGAGAUCAAAUUGUAGAAACUUGUAUUUCUCAUACCAGCAAUGCCGAGACGAAUCAAGCCAAUGAGUACCAGGAUUCCUCGAAGGCAGAUGAGGGUCUUGUUUUCCGUGCACAUGCUGCAGUAAUGAAGGUUGCCGAUGAACCAGAGAAGGGUGAAGUAGAAACUUGUAUUUCUCAUACCAGCAAUGCCGAGACGAAUCAAGCCAAUGAGUACCGGGAUUCCUUGAAGGCAGAUGAGGGUCUUGUUUUCCGUGCAGAUGCUGCAGAAACGAAGGUUGCCGGUGAACAAGAGAAGGGUGAAGUUGAAAAGCUUCAUGCUGAUACUGUGCAGGAAUCUUCAGAGCAAGACAAAGGAACUGAAGAAGUUGCUUCUAAGACUAGCCACACAGUGAUGUUGAAUGAGAAGCCUGUGAGCUUGUUGAAGAUGCAACCUGGUUAUCUCAUUCCACCACAAACUGAUGAGGACGAGUACUCUAUAUCUGAUUUAGUCUGGGGAAAAGUCAGAAGCCAUCCAUGGUGGCCUGGACAGAUAUUUGAUCCUUCCGAUGCUUCAGAAAAGGCCAUCAAGUACCACAAGAAAGACAGCUUUUUGGUUGCGUAUUUUGGAGAUCGUACUUUUGCAUGGAAUGAUGCAUCUGUACUGAGGCCAUUCUGUUCUAAUUUCUCCCAAAUUGAGAAGCAAAGUAAUUCAGAAACAUUUCAAAAUGCUAUAAGCUGUGCUUUGGAAGAGGUUUCUAGACGGGUUGAGCUUGGUCUUGCUUGCUCAUGCACACCUGAAGAUUCCUAUGAUGAGAUUUCGUGUCAGAUUGUGGAGAAUACUGGGAUUUGUGAAGAAUCAAGCAAAAGAUAUGGAGUGGACAAAUCAACUGGAGUCACUUCCUUUGGACCUGACAAGCUCAUGCACUAUAUGAAAGCAUUAGCCCUAUCACCAACUUGUCGGGCUGAUAGGUUGGAUCUCACCAUUGCUCGAGCUCAGCUAGUGGCCUUUUGUCGCUUCAAAGGAUAUCGUCUGCCACCCGAAUUCUUGUUAAGUGGAGAAUUGCUGGAAAAUGAUGCUGAAGUUCCACAGGCGGACAGUGCAACUGACGAAAAGGGCCAUGCUUCAGAAGACAGCGAGCAACAUCCCACCGGUAAAGUCUCUGCUCACAAACGUAAGCAUGGUUCAAAAGGUAUUUCCCAGACGAAAAAGAAAGAGCGAAGCAUGUCAGAGCUUAUGGUUGAUGUGGAAUAUGAGUAUUCUCUACAUUGUGAAGAUGACCAAGAUGGAAAACCAUUCACUUCUAGCAAAAAGAGGAAGGCAGUUGAUUCUCUUACUGAUGGAUCGGACAAGAGAACAAGUGUUUAUGCAGCUAAAGUGUCACCCAGAGCGUCUGUAUCCCCUAAGCCGUCCUUCCGUAUUGGUGAAUGCAUUCAAAGAGCGGCAAGCCAAUUAACUCGUUCAGCCUCACUUCUGAAGUGCAACAGUGAUCAAACUGGGGCUGAUGUUCAAUUGCAGGACUCUCCAAAUGGAAAAGUUGUGACUCCGACUGAAUUGCCUUCCCCGAAUGAGUUGCUCUCACAACUUCAGUUGGUGGCAUGGGCACCACUGAAAAGCUACAACUUCUUAAAAACUAUCACUUCUUUCUUUUCGGGUUUUAGAAAUUCAGUUGUUUUGAGCCAGCAUUCUCGGAGGCAGAAUUCAUCGGCCGGAAGACCUAGCGGUGGUCGAAAGAGGAAAGCUUCACAAACUGUAGCUGGGCUUGCUGAAGAAUUUGAAUUCGAUGAUGUAAAUGAUUCUUAUUGGACAGACAGGAUUGUACAAAACCAUGGUGAGGAGCAGCUAUUGCAGAAUGGUCAGAGUGGGGAAGGAGAACGUCAGCUUACGGUUCAUGAUCCAGAGAAACCCAGUAAACCAGGUCGUAGACCAUACUCCAGAAAACGAAAAUCCAGUGCGGACGAUGACACAACGCCAGGUGUUCCUCCUGAGGACAUUGAGAAGAGGAAGCAUGAGCCAGCAGAACUCAUUUUAAAUUUUGCAGAAGGUGGUCCUCUUCCAUCUGAAAUGAACCUUAAUAAAAUGUUUAGGCGGUUUGGACCGCUGAAGGAGUUAGAAACUGAAGUUUAUCAGGAGUCUUCUCGUGCUAGGGUGGUCUUUAAAAGGGGUUCUGACGCAGAGGUUGCUCAUAGUAGUGUGGGAAAGUUCAACAUCUUUGGGUCACGGCAAGUGACUUACGAGCUCAGCUACACACCAGUUAUCUCAUUUAAGCCGAUGCUCAUUACACUUGCAGCAGAUCUGGAGGGAGCUAUUUGAUGAUACAGUUCCAAGAUGGUGGUAGUUCCAGUUUGAAGAAGAAAUGACUAUGCAUGGACGACCAACAGUAACACUUUGAUUAGAGUGGAUUUGCUGGAGUAGAGGGUGACCAGAGACACAGAUGCAUCUUUUUGUAUAAAAGACCUCAUUUCUGUCUUAUGUACUUUCUUAUCUCUUUGUAGUGGCGAAAAGAAGAGUUGUCCCUCCUGCUGCAUUAGAAAUGAUAUGUGCAUGAUGAUCGAUGUCGGCAGUGUUCAUGCUUAUUAUCAUCUUCUCAGUUCCCUCUUGAUUUUUCUGGAUGAAUGAAGAUGAAAUUUUUGGUGUUGGUCUCGUAUGAUGUAAGUAAAGGAAUUUGUUCACGAACGCUUCGGGAUGUUGUUGAAACUUAAUGGCAAUUAAGUUAGACAA